UGACUUUGACAGAACCUGGAGAUGAUGUUGAUUUCAUGUGUGAGGAAGGACAGACGGUGGUGCUGCUCAACAGACCUGCAACUGUUUACUCCAACAUCCGUUCUCAAUGGCAUACCAGACAAGAAUCAGAGCAUAUGGAUGCUGUGGACAAUGCUUUGCCUGAAGAUCAUUUGAAAGAUGCAGAUAUUCCUCAAACAACAUCAACCUCAAAGAUGUCAAAAAGUGAAAUGCUACGGGAGUCUCGACGGUAUAACAUCGAUUUAGCACCAAAAAUCCUGUACUCGAGAGGUCAAAUGGUCGAGCUGCUCAUAUCUUCAAACGUGGCCAGGUAUCUGGAGUUCAAGUGCAUCACGCGGCAGUUGUGCUGGAGGGAGGACCAGCUGUUCUCUGUCCCCUGCAGUAGAGCGCAGGUCUUCAGUUCAAAGGCCGUCAGUUUGCUGCAGAAAAGAAUCCUGAUGAAAUUUUUACAGUUUGCUGCCGUCUACACCGAACAGCCAGAGCGCUGGCAAGACCUGCAGCAGUACGUGCUGGAGGGCAUGACGAUGUGCAGCCCUCAUGCCACCGUCGAGGAGGGGCUACGCGCCCUGCACCUCUUCCUCACCAGCCUGGGGCGCUAUGGGGCGUCGCCCUUCCUGGCGCCCCUCUAUGGCAGCGGCGAACUCCCUCAGGCCUUCUGCAGAUUGUGUGCCGUGUUUGGAGGAACGUACAUCCUGGAGCGCGGCAUCUUGUCUGUCUUGACUGCUGACGCUGGACGGCAGCCUGCUGCUCCUGACACUGUCAGCAGCAGCACCACUGCUGACAAUGGAAAGGUCGGCAGCAGCACUGCUGACGCUUCUCACACAGCUGCUCCUGACACUGUCAUCAGUAGCAACGCUGACGAAGGAAAUGUCAGCGGUCCUGUUGUUCUAAGUGUGCUCUCUGAAGGGCGUCGCUUCAGCUGUAAGCACCUGGUCCUUGAGGACGUUUACUGUGACGCCUUCUCUUGUUCCAGUGGCACUUCGUCGCUCUCAAGAGCCGUCGCUAUUGUUGAUAGGGAUAUUCUUCAAUCUUUCCCGUCGUCGGAAGAACUUGCCUCGACCGAUGCAGGUUCAGGUCAGACAUCGCAGGUCAGCAGCACUGGGGGCGUGUCUCUGGUGCUGCUGCCGGGACCCGCUGGACAACCCAUCACAGCCAUGCAGUUCGCUGCCGACACCAGCACCUGCGCCCCCAACACCUGGCUUCUGCACCUCACCUGCACCGGCAACAACGCAGAAGAAGACCUCCGCCCAACACUAGACAAGCUUCUCGAUCAUUAUCGCCGCUGUGGUCCUCGCAACGCCCCUAGACCGCCAUCACCUUCUUCAAACACUCCUGGCGGGGUAGAAACUGCAACAACUCGAGAGGCAGGAGCUGCUCUCGACACUCCACCUACGGAUGAAUCAGACUCCACUCAACGUAACGAGUCGUGUAGCGGUGACGACUCUGAGUCCGCUUCACAAUCUGGAGUUUUGGCACCUGCAGUCGGAGGCACAGAAGCCGCGUUAGACUCGGGAGGAAAUGUCGAGUCGCCUCUUUUGUAUUCUCUCUAUUUUAAUCAGGUAAUGACACGAACUUUAUGUGUUCAGGCAAAGCGCGUCUUCAGCUCCAUGUAUCCUGGGGAAGACUUCAUGCCUCGCGCUCCUGACGCCGACGAGAUCAUCUUUGAUGAUCCUACCCCGGCUGAUGAUGGGGCGGCGGCUGAUGAUGGGGCGGCGGCUGAUGAUGGGGCGGCGGCUGAUGAUGGGGCGGCGGCCGAUGAUGGGGCACCGCCCGAUGAUGGGGCACCGGCCGAUGAUGAAGCGACGGCUGAUGAUGGGGCGGCGGCCGAUGAUGGGGCGGCGACCGAUGAUGGGGCCCCGGCCGAUGAUGGGGCGGUUGGACUCAGAAGACGUCGAUAUUGA